AUGCGCGUGCUGAAAUACACAUCGCAGCCAUCAUGGAUGGGUCUACUGGCUGCGGCUCUACUGGGCACUUCGACCGUGCAAGCAAUAGAGCUUGAUCUUGAGGAUGGAGAUUCCAUCAAAAAGGCCGCUAGACAAGUCGCCACCAAUAUGAUGAGCUAUUACACCGGUAUGAAUCCUGGCGACAACCCAGGCAACCUGCCAGAUCCGUACUACUGGUGGGAGGCCGGUGCCAUGUUCAACGCACUCAUUGACUAUUGGUUCUACACGGGCGACGAUACUUGGAAUGACAUCACGAUACAAGGUAUGCUCUGGCAGGCCGGAGAGAACAAAGCAUUCAUGCCGAACAAUCAAACCCAAACGGAAGGAAACGACGACCAAGUUUUCUGGGGCUUCGCUGCCAUGUCUGCCGCGGAGAGAAACUUCCCUAAUCCUCCUGAAGACCAGCCCCAGUGGCUAGAAAUGGCGCAGGCUGUUUUCAACACACAAGCCCCCCGUUGGGAUGAUACAUCGUGCGGUGGUGGCUUGCGUUGGCAGAUAUUCACGUGGAACAAUGGCUACAAUUAUAAGAACACCAUCUCUACCGGUGGGUUCUUCAACCUUGCUUCUCGUCUGGCAAGAUAUACCCACAACGCGACGUACCAAGAAUGGGCUGAAAAGGCCUGGGACUGGACUGCCGAUGUUGGAUUCAUGACCCCCGAAUAUCGUUUCUGGGACGGUGCCAGUCUCCUCACAGACUGCAAACCGAUCAACCAGAUUGAGUGGACUUACAAUGCCGGAGUAUACUUGCUGGGCGCAGCCAAUAUGUAUAAUUUGACCGAAGAUCCCAAAUGGAAGAAGCGCACCGAGAGAAUCGUCGAAUCUUCAAGCAUUUUCUUCUCCCACGACCCACCCGACGUGAUGUUCGAGCGAGCAUGCGAGUCAGUCAAUACCUGCAUGGUCGACCAGCGCUCGUUCAAGGGAUAUCUCGCUCGCUGGAUGGCCCAAACCGCCCAAAUGGCCCCCUCCGUAGCUGACACACUGAUGAAACGACUCAAAGCUUCUGCCCGCGCAGCUGCCAAGACUUGUACCGGAGGUGUCAACGGCAACGUAUGCGGUAUGAAGUGGACAGAUCAGAAAUGGGACAAAACGAAGGACUUCGGGCAACAGAUGGCUACUCUCGAAGUUAUCCAGGCUAAUCUCAUUAACCGGGUGUCAUCGCCAGUCACCAAGGAUGACGGCGGGACGAGCAAAGGAAAUCCAAACGCAGGAUCCAAACCCCCUGAGACGAUUCCGCCCGGUCUCGAACGCCGCAUAAAUACGGGUGACAAAGCUGGGGCGGGUAUUCUGACGGUGCUGAUGAUGGUCCUCAUUGCUGGAACAUGCGGGUGGAUGGUUUGGGAAUGA